AUGUCGACAAUCGAUUCUUACCUCAAGGCCUUGCUGGCGCUUUCCGGCAACGAGCAGCUUGCCACACCCCGCCAACAUCUACUCCAAGGCAUCAAUGACGACGACCUUUCGGAACUCCUGAAGAAGGUCGUGGGAAGAGAGUUCGCCCGCGGCGGCUUGGAGGACAUCGUUUCAGUCAUCUUGGACGUCAUCGCUAGGGACCCGGCUUCAGUCAACGGUGACGGUGGCUGUGUCGCGACGGCUAGCGUCAAGAGUGAGCAACCGCACGGAGAUGACAUCCAGCAGCCAUCAGCAGAGGAUGAGAUCAUCACGAUCAACAAUGAUCCUGGAACAGGCCAACCAGCAGUAGAGAAGCGACCGACUACGUCGUCUUCCGGCACCCAGAUUCGCAAGCGAUCCAGGCCCAAUAAGACUCCUGUAGCCGCCACACAAGCACCAUCCGCCAGAAAGGUGACGCUUCGGUGCUCGACGGAGCAGGUGAUAGACGACAAGACCGUUCCACCUAUCGAGAUUGUCUACUACAAGGGAUGGGAUUACGAUGAUAUGAAAAAGAGGAUCUACCUUCCAUUCGUCCCUGAAAGCAACUUGGGUGCUCUGAUCAUUCAAAAGUUCGACAAGGACUUUCUCUCCACUGAUCGCCACGUGUCAGAAUGGGGCAAGCUAUUGAGACUGCGAGACAGGAGAAUCGAUAAGCGUUGUUGCGUCAACUUUCAGGUCGCUCAGAGGAGUGAUAUGGCAAUUGGGGCAACCCGUGAAACAGAGCAAGCGUGUAGACGCUGCGUCGAUUUGAAGCGUUUGUGCGCUCGGCUGCUCAUGAUCGAUGGAGUUAUCAAGCUCGUCUUCCUGCCCUUGCCUUACGACGCGCUACAUGAUGUAGAUGCAGACGACAUGGAGUAUUGGGUUAGUUCAUAG